AUGGCGAUGGGUACGUCGUGCGUCCAAAUUCUUCUAAUUGGCGCGUACAUUUCAUGGAGUUCCGGAGAUAUCGUUUUCCGUGAAGAAGAUGCCGUCCUUACUACGCCUGAAAUCACGCAAAAGUACGGUUACGCUAGCGAAGUGCACAACAUCGUUACCGAGGAUGGGUACAUCGUCGAGCUGCAUCGUAUCCGUGCUUCACCCGUCUCCGGUCCAGCCGAUCCGCGCAAACUGCCCGUUCUGCUCAUGCACGGUUUGAUGGGUUCUUCGGCCGACUGGAUUCUAAUCGGCCCGGAAGAAGCUCUUCCUUAUUUGUUUUCCGACUGCGGGCAUGACGUGUGGCUUGGGAAUGCACGAGGCAACCGGUACAGUCGCAACCACACCUACCUACCGCUGGAAGAACGCGAAUUUUGGGACUUUUCUUUCCACGAAAUCGGUUUCUACGACCUGCCCGCUAUGGUGGAUCACGUGCUGGCCGAGACGGGCCAGACACAGCUACACUACGUAGGUCACUCGCAGGGUACGACCGUCUUUUUCGUACUGAACUCACUGCGCCCCGAGUAUAACCGGAAGUUCCGGCUUAUGCAGGCCCUUGCUCCGGCCGUCUUUCUUACCCAUUUGCAGAACCCUUUCCUACGGUUUUUGGCUCAGCAUGAAACGGUAGCACUGCAAUUUGUCAAUUCUUUCGGUAUCUACGAAAUGAAACCAUUCCCGGAGGAAAUGAACCGGUUGGCCAAAGCGCUCUGUCCGGACUUUUACAGCAGGGCCCUCUGUCUGGACGCGAUGCACACGAUGACGGGCAACAAGUACCAUCACAUCUCCCAGCUCGGGUUUCCGAUGCUGAUGCACCACUUGCCAGCCGGCUGUUCGCUGAAGCAGGUAGCACACUUCGGCCAGGAGGUUAUCUCCGGUCACUUCCGGCCGUAUGACUUUGGGGCGGAGGAAAACCGCCGCCGGUACGCCGGUAGCGAUAUGCCGCCCGACUACGACCUCACCAAGGUCACCGUGCCGGUGGUCGUGUUUUACGGCCUUGCCGACCAACUAACGCACCCGACCGAUGUGCGCCUGCUGGCUGGUCGGCUACCGAAUCUGGUGGCCCUGAACCAGCUGCCGAACGCAACCUUCAACCAUAUGGACUUCCUGCUUGCGGGCGACGUCAAGGACGCACUGUACGAUAGCAUUAUCGGUAAUGUGGAGCAAGCGUGAAGUACAGUGAAGGCGCCCCGUGGGCUUUUGCCCGGGGGGCGAGCGCCAAGCAACCGAAGGCCCGCAGUUUUUUCGCCGUAAUCAAAUUGCCAUGCAAAACCGUGACAUUGCAAGCGGUGCGCGACACGAGUGGCGUGUAAAUGACCUGGGAAGUCGUGUUGAGUUUAGGCGAGUAUAGUGUGCCGAAAAAAAAUGCCAUAAAACUGAGGGAAAAAAUAAUUGAAAUGUAAUAAAUAUUUUCAGUAAAUAUGCAAUAAUUCACUUGUUUUCAGCUUCAAUCUGCCUGCAAUGUAUCUUGCUAUAAAAUUCAUAUACA